AUGCAGCAUUGCCGCACCGACAGCGCCACCCCAGGCGGGCUGCUGCAUUCUCCCACCGCCGCCCCGCCGCCGCCGCCGUCGCCACCGGCGCCUGCCGUCUCACGCUUCCACACCCAUGUUCCCGUCUUCAGGCGGGCGGCGGGUGCGCAUCGGGUGUCUGCGCUGUUUGGCUUCGGCAAGGGCAGCAGCGAGAAGUCGGAGAAGGAGCUGGAGAAGGAGGAGCAGUUCCGCAAGCAGCAGGAGGUGCUGGCGCGCCGGCGCACCAACUCGUGGCAGGCUGAGGUGGUGGAUCGGCGCAAGGAGGUCAGCAAGUACCUGCAGAAUCCGGAGUACCGCAAGCAGGUGGACGCGGAGAAGCGGGCACGGUUCAAGGCCAAGAAGGAGCAGGAGGAGAAGGAGAAUCCCAUCCCCAAGUUUGGGAUCAUCGUGCCCCUGGCGCCCUUUGGCAUGCCGGAUUAUGAUGAGACCGAGCGGUUUGAUCUGCGGCUGCCCUUUGUGGACUUUGGCGACCCGGAUCCGGAGCUGGAGAACGACCCUCUGGGCCUCAAGCAGCUGGGCAAGGCCUUUGGCUUCGGCAAGAAGAAGGAGGGAAAGUGA